AUGUCGGCAACAGCAGCGACGGCGAGCCUAACGGCAACACACAAGCGGAAACGCCUUGAUGAUGACAUCGACAAAGAGCCGCGCCAAGUAUCCCUUGCAGAGAAUCGCUUGGGAACCAAGGCGUCGCAGCUCUUAAUCACACAUGUCAAUGGGCUCGAGCUUGAAGACGAAUUAGUCAGUUUGGACGAGUACGUACUGACCGAUCUUGCCCACGCCGUCAUGCUUACUCGCACCGGCAUCUUUGACGCACGCAAAGGAAGAGACAUUGUCCAGGCCCUGCUCGACCUCCGAACAGGAGACACAGCCGCACUGCUCAGGUCGGACCCCAGGACCGGGACUUUGGGACUCCAGAUUGAGCGAUACCUGGAGGCGACGCUGGGUCCUAGCGGACGUGAUAUCCAGCGAGCCCGCAGCCGUAUUGACCAGAAGGCGACCAACUGGCGUCUUGUGAACCGAAAAGGGUUGACAGGAGUUAUCCAGGAGCUUAUUGACCUCGGUGCCGCCAUCCUAGCAGCAGCCAAACGCCAUGCCGGCGCCCUUAUGCCAGGUUACACGCACCUGCAGCACUCCCAGCCAACCACCAUAGAUCACUACCUCAACGCCCACUACUACAACCUCUCGCGAAAUAUCGACCGCCUAAUGGACGCUUAUGACCGCCUCAACGUGAGCUCACUGGGCGGCGCCGCGUACAGCGGCACGUCAUGGCCCAUCGACCGUGAUAGCACGGCUAUAUACCUCGGUUUCGAUCAGCCGAUUCCCAAUGCGCGGGAGGCUGGCCUCGCAGCUAUUGACAUGGGCGCCGAGCUCGCCAGCGUUCUGGCCUUGACACUCUCCGGCAUUAGCCGCCUUGCCUCGGAUCUAAACUACUGGUCUUCGAGCGAAGUGAACCUCGUGCGUAUCGACGCCUCUCUCUGCGGAACAUCGAGCAUGAUGCCGCAGAAGCGGAACCCCAUGACCCUGGAACGUAUUCGUGGUCUUGCUGGCACCGCCGUUGGCUGGGCUGCGAGCCAGCUCGGUGUGAUGCACACGGCUAACUCGACCGACGUCGAUCAGGCGUAUAUCCACAAUCUACUUCCGGGACAGUGUGCUGAGACGGCCGGUGCCAUUGGAUUGCUCCGAGAGAUUAUUUCCACCAUAGAGAUCGAUGGGCCAGCAAUGCGUUUGUCGGCGGGCCAGUACUGGUCCACUGCCAGUGCUCUAGCAGACGCUCUCGUUGCGUCGUGCAACCUAAGUUUCCGCGAGGCCCAUGAGAGGGUCGCUCACCUCGUCGCCGCCCACGAGAAGGCUGGUCUACGCGACGGCAAGCUGUGUGAUGACCUGGUCGAUAAAAUGCGGUUCGAUAUACCAACAUCCGAUAUCAGACGGAUCCUCGACCCCGAUGAGUUCGUAGCCACUAGGAUCAGUCCCGGUGGCACAUCUCCCGCCGCACGAGAGGAACUCGCCCUCGCCGCUGAGAAGAACCUAGAAGAUAGGAAGGAGGAUCUUGCGCGACGCAUUCGUCAUGUUGACCGGGGGAUCGAACAGUUGCUCCAAGACGCAAAAACAAUCACAAGCUAUGUUUGA